CAUUUGCAGGACCAGUGAGCGCCCCGACCGUCAACAAACACAUGCGCACACACACACUGGUACCAGUACGCGUCAUGCGUCCUCGGAACGAGGGAACAGGCACAGGAACUCCGAUGGACCCCGGUAGAACUCACACCGGCGCCAGCACGAGGGACUGACUGAGCCUCCAGGUUCCCCAUUUGGUUACCUUGUCCAGUCCUACCGGACGCGCCUAUCGGGUGUCCCAUGCCCCUGACGCACUAUGGAUUUUAUAAACAACGUCAGUGACAACAGCAAUUCGACCACAGACUUCCCCGACGUCGUGGAUGUCAUUCCAAAGUGGGGAGACAAUGAGAAUGCAACGGGGUCUAGAAGUGUGCCUGAGGUGGAGCUGAGUUACCAGGUGGUCACCUCUCUGCUGCUCGGCGCGCUCAUCCUCUGUUCCAUAUUCGGCAACGCGUGCGUCGUCGCCGCCAUUGCGCUGGAGAGGUCGCUCCAGAAUGUGGCCAACUAUCUGAUCGGCUCGCUAGCCGUUACAGACCUCAUGGUAUCAGUUCUGGUACUACCCAUGGCAGCCCUCUACCAAGUCCUGAACAAAUGGACUCUGGGACAGGAGAUAUGUGAUAUAUUCAUCUCCCUGGACGUGUUGUGUUGCACGUCGUCCAUUCUGCAUUUGUGCGCAAUUGCCCUGGACAGGUACUGGGCUAUCACGGACCCCAUAGACUAUGUGAACAAAAGGACACCCAGGCGAGCCGUGAUGUUAAUCAGCGUGACUUGGCUGAUUGGGUUCUCAAUCUCCAUCCCUCCAAUGUUAGGCUGGAGGAAAGCCGAGGACAGGGCGAACCCGGACGCCUGCACCAUCAGUCAGGACCCGGGUUAUACCAUCUACUCCACGUUCGGAGCAUUUUACAUCCCACUUAUCCUCAUGCUGGUCCUCUACGGGCGGAUAUUCAAGGCAGCCAGGUUCCAGGUUUGGAAAACUGUGAAGAAAUCGGAAAAGGUAAAAGUGUCGGACAAGUGCUUGGCCGUGUCGCCGGCUAUUUUCCACAAGAAGAUUAAUGGAGAGGCGGGGGGCAAGAAUUGGAAGCGCAGUGUGGAACCUACAUUCAACUCCCCGUGCGUAAACGGCUCGGUGAAGCACGGGGAGGACGGCGAGUCGUUGGAGAUCAUAGAAGUGACCAACAAUUCUAAGAACCACCUUCCUCUCCCCAACACUCCACAGUCCUCACAAGGGUUUGAGAACAGGAACGAAAAGAACACGGAGGCUAAGAGGAAAAUAGCUCUGUCCAGGGAGAGGAAAACGGUAAAGACGCUCGGUAUCAUCAUGGGCACUUUUAUUUUCUGCUGGCUGCCCUUUUUCAUCGUGGCGCUGGUCUUGCCUUUCUGUGCGGAGAGUUGUUACAUGCCAGAAUGGCUGGGCGCCGUCAUCAACUGGCUGGGCUAUUCGAACUCUCUCCUCAACCCCAUAAUUUAUGCCUACUUUAACAAAGACUUCCAAAGUGCUUUCACUAAGAUCAUAAGAUGCAAAUUCCACAGACCGUGAGACAUUUCGUCGUAAAGUGUUAGCGUUAACUUCCAAUGAGUUAAUGAAACAGAAAAAAGAAACAUGUUAUUUUCAGGGACAGUCUCUAGCCUACGGUGUGAAUUAGAAACAGAAUAGCCUACGGCACAUAUACAGUGAGACGUGGAGAGAGACAGGAAGUAUAUUUGCAUAUGCUGUGUAAGCUGCUCCUGUCUAGCAUAUUCGAUAUUGUAAAUAUCUGCGAGGCAUCGUAUUCCCAUGCAAGAUGUGUCAUUCAAAUACAAUGUUCUGAAUUCAUGCAUUGCCAUCCACGAGACACGCGCGCCGCGUUGCGACUACGACGCGAGGGUUUCUGUCCUAAAUCACACCAAGCUUUGUAGCACUGAAACAAUACAAAAAACUAUCGAAAAACUACAACUUCUGAUUGUAACGUCUACUCUACAAAAAGAGGAAAGCGUUCAAUGACAUUUGUAAAAAGAAAGAAAAGGAAGAAAAUACAUAUGAAGAGUUUAUUUCCAAAACGUUAUAUUCAUAUAUUUUCCCACAUUUAUGUUUUUUUUUUCAUUAAAAAAAGGAUUGCUUACUGGCACCAUCAUGUGUGUGUAAAAUAUGACUGUUCUCUGGAUUAUUGGAUUUUAAAUGUGUUUUUUUUUGCAAAACGCUAUAUAUCCAUCCAUUGUUUAGCUGGAAUGGAAUGUUCAUAUCCUGUACAUUUGAUUGUGAUAUGUGGUUUUCUCACCUAGUUAUCUUAAAGAUGAAGGUACUUACUGUAAGUCACUUUGGAUAAGAGCAUCUGCUAAAUGACAAAAAUAUCAAAUGUAAAUGUUUUACAUACAGAUAACAUAUUACUCUAUUGAAUUAUUUUUUAAACAUUUUUUAAAUAUUGAUAUCACAAAUGUAUCAUUUGUACAGUCCUUUAUUAAAAAUGUAGUUAUUUGUUACAUUUGACUGUGUACAACCUAGCAGUACUACUUAUUUCUGAGAGUGAGGCAGAUAUAUAGCAUUUAAAAAAAAGCAUGAUCAUUUGUCUCUUUGAAGUGAAACCACCAAGUGAUAAAAGAUAAACAAAUACAUGUAUGUCAUUGAACAACCCCAUGCCAUGAUUAGAUAAUGAAAAAAUACACCUAUUUCUUUCAUAUUUUAUUUCAACAAUAAAAUCUCAUUUACAAACCUUUCUGAAAAUGGAUAUAUAGCGUUUUGGAUGAAAUUUCAUAUUUUGAGAUUAAAUUAUCUGAGUAUAA